CAUUGGUCUGUUUGAGCAACGCUUUUAACGUAUCACCAGCUGUUGAAGUUACGUUUGUUUGAAAUCAAACGGCAACUGAAGUUUGUUGGUUGCUUGGAGCUCCGAAAUUUUGUCUGUCAUACAUGGAUGGUAAAUACACUUCGUUAUAACAAGAAGAGGGCAUAGUGUUUAAAAGUAAUAAUAACUUAGAAAAAAAAAAGAGGAAUCGAUUUAUACACAAAGGAUUAGGUGAAAAAUUAAAACUAAAUAAUGGCAACGAUUCGUGUACACGAGGAUCAAGAAAAUCGUUUUCAUGAUGUUCGUCGCGGUAAAGAAAAUAUUCCCGUGCCCCUUCAAAAUCAAACAUUACAACCAACGAAACGUGCAGUUUUAGGUGUCCUUCACAAUAAUUGUAAUCGUAAUAUCAAACCAGAAAUAUACAAGGAUGAAAAAUAUCCAAAAACAAAAGCAAUUAUACCGCCACAGUUUGAACCUUUUAAAAUUUAUGAAAACAAAAAGGAAGAAGUUAUAUUUAAAAUCUAUGAAGAUAAGUUAGAGGAAGAAACUUCUGUCGCACUUAGAGAGACGAAAGACAAGAAAGAAAUCAAAGAGAAAGAAGAUGUGAAACCUGAAACAGAAAAGCCAAGGUUAGAAGUGAAUCCUCUGACUGUCUCGAAUUUACCAACAUUUUAUAAUGCUAUUGAAGAUAUUAAUCAAAAGAAAGAGAAUGAAGUAAUUUUUUCACAAGGCAGCCCAAUGUCUUUAGAAAAUUCAAUUUCUUAUUUGUCUUCCUCAAAGAAAAGUCAUCAGAAACGAAGAAAGUCUAUAAAAGAAUUGAGAAUGAAUUUUUUCGAUGUAGAUGAAUAUAGAGCUGAUAUAUAUAAUUAUUUACGUUCUGCGGAAAAACAACAUAGACCAAAACCAGGGUAUAUGAAAAAACAACCAGAUAUAACAUAUUCAAUGAGAUCAAUAUUAGUGGAUUGGCUUGUAGAAGUUGCUGAGGAAUAUCGGUUACAAACUGAAACGCUGUAUUUAGCUGUUUCGUAUAUAGAUCGCUUUUUAUCAUAUAUGAGUGUUGUAAGAGCAAAACUACAACUUGUGGGUACAGCAGCUAUGUUUAUUGCAGCGAAAUACGAAGAGAUUUAUCCACCUGAUGUAGGCGAAUUUGUAUAUAUCACAGAUGAUACAUAUACAAAAAAACAAGUAUUACGUAUGGAGCAUUUAAUAUUGAGGGUUUUAUCUUUCGAUCUAACUGUCCCAACACCACUUACCUUUGUUAUGGAAUAUUGUAUUAAUAAUAAUCUUUCUGAAAAGAUUAAAUUUUUAGCAAUGUAUCUUUGUGAAUUAUCAAUGCUUGAAGGAGAUCCAUAUCUUCAAUUUUUACCUAGUCAUUUAGCCGCAUCUGCAGUAGCACUUGCACGGCAUACAUUAUUAGAAGAGAUGUGGCCACAUGAAUUAGAAUUAUCAACAGGUUAUAACUUAAAGGACCUUAAAGAAUGUAUUAUGUGUUUGAAUAAAACCUUCUGCAAUGCAUUAAAUAUUCCGCAACAAGCCAUACAAGAAAAAUAUAAAAGCAGCAAAUAUGGGCAUGUAGCAUUAUUAUUACCACGACAUAUUGAUAAUGUAACACUGACUUCCGAAGAUGAAGAAGAGAAUGCUUAAUAUUUAACAGACAUUGCGCAAAAAUAGAAAAAUCUAAAAAAUUAUACAUAUUUGGAAAGAACGAACCUCCCGUUAUAAAUCCCAUGUUUUGAAAGAGAAGGAGGGGAUUAGGGCAAGACUGAGCUAUUCUUUCAGAAUUAAAAUGAACGAGUUACUUCUAUUAGCACGUGUGGCUACUAUGUUUAGCCUAGGCAAACAUAUUGACUUCAAUUUUCAUAUUCCAUCUCCACCUAUACUUUUAUAGGUUGUAGGUAAAUUUUAAUAACUAUUUUUAGAGCUCCGUCAUUACAUUAACGAAUGAAGCUCUAAAUUUUGUUAUUUAGGAAUUUGUAUUUUUAUAUACAUUUUUUUAGACGAUUGUUAACAGAACACUUGCUCUACACACAUGAUAUCUAAAUUUUGUUGCCAGUGAUCUGUCAUAAAAUAAUAGGAAGUGUAAGAAUAAUAACUGUAUUUAUUAUCGACAUUGUACUAAAAAUAUACAUCACUACGGAUGGAAACGUUUCUACGUAUUAAAAUGAUUAUAACAUU